UUAGUCGAAGCAUCUGAGAGUAGUCUGUGUUCAUGUCCUUUUUACCCAAAAAAACUUGAAACUUUCUCUGAUUCGCACUUUCUUUUCGAGUUGUCUAGGGUUUAACAGCGCUUAAGCGCAUGAUUGGAGGCCUGGAGCAUUUGUACUUGUACCGUAUUUUAGUGUUUUAACGCUUUAAUUGUGACAAGAAAAAGUACGAAUUUUAGAAAUGGCCCGGCGUUCGUACGAAGUGAACGAGGAAGGGAGUGGUGGUCAGAGAAGAGGUCGACGGAAAGCCGCUAUAAAAGUGUGUAUGCUCGACGACUCCGUGGUUAAAUUCGACGUUGAGUCUAAAGAGAAAGGAGAUGUAUUAUACAAACAAGUGUACGAAUACUUAAACCUGGAGGAAUGUGAAUAUUUUGGGCUUCAUUACUAUGACAAAACUGAUAAUCUGUUCUGGCUGGACCAGCAGAAGCCAAUCAACAAACAAAUACAUGACAUGAGCAAGGUUCUGCUGAGAUUUAGUGUCAAAUUCUAUGCUCCAGACCCUUCAAUGUUACAAGAGGAGUAUACAAGAUACAUGUUUGCUCUUCAAGUAAAAAGAGAUCUCUUAAGUGGAAGAUUAAAGUGUUCAGAGAGUACAGCUGCAUUAUUAGCAUCAUAUAUCGUUCAAGGGGAACUUGGAGACUUUGACUCGCUGACUUGUCGUCCAGGAUAUCUUGCUGAAUUCCAGUUUUUUCCAGAACAGAAUGUAGACUCGGAAGCAAAAAUUGCAGAGUUCCACAAACAGCACAAGGGAUUUAGUCCAUCAGAUUGUGAUUAUAAUCUUCUGGAUGUGGCUCGGCGACUAGAAAUGUACGGUAUAAUACUCUAUCCAGCAAGGGAUAAAGAUAAUGUAGAACUCGAUCUUGCAGCUGCAAACAUGGGCAUACUUGUGUUCCAGUCUGGCGCAAAAAUCAAUACCCUAUCAUGGGCAAAAAUCAGAAAGCUAAGCUUCAAAAGAAAAAGAUUCCUCAUUAAACUCCAUCCUGAAAUAUUCGGUCAUUAUAAAGAUGUGGUAGAGUUCCAGAUGGGUAGUAGAGACGCAUGCAAAAGCUUCUGGAAAGUUGCCAUUUCAACACAUGCAUUUUUCAGACAAUCACAGAGUCAAAGUCCACCAAAACACAGACCCAAAGUGUUCAGUAGAGGGUCCUCCUACAGAUUUAGUGGUCGAACACAAAAACAGAUCAUUGAAUCUACCAUGGAAAACUCCAGACAGCAACUAGCUUUUAACAGAACCCAGAGCUUAAAAACCCCAAACAGAAACAACACACCUCGCACAAGCCAAUCUACAGCCAAACCUUAUGGAGGAUUUGGUGAUGCUGAAACAAGAGUAGUGGAAUCUGCCCCAGUACGACCAGAUGAAGAUCAACAUACAACAGAUACACCAGAACUGCAAAUAGAGGGUCUGCCACUGGAGAAUGGAAUGGAUGCAAUGGAAGAGGAAUCUGAUCAUGAAGAACUACAUGAACCUGGGUCGGUAAUCAAGGUACAGUCAGCUGAAAACCCUGAUGAGGAUAUCCCACUAAAAGACCUUGAUCAUGAACCAGACAUGAUGAGAGAUGAGUCAUCAGUAUCAUCCGUGUCGCAACAAGACUUGGAAUGGCAAGAAGAAGUCAUAAGUGAGCUUCCUCCUCAGAAUGAAAUUCAACAUAUGGCCCCUAAUGAAGAUAGGAACAGGGACAUUAUACUGCCACCGGGUGCCAUCGAAAUUGAGUGCAAACCACAACCAAGACCACCGACUCCUAUUGAAGUUGAUGGAGUGGAAUCACCUCCCCCACCCUUCCCCAAUGAGGAAGUGGAAGACGAAGAAAUUGCAUCCAAAGAAUUUAGGCCAGUAGAAUUAGCGCGUGAUGAACAGGAAGAAUUUCCUACACCUCCCAUGGAAACAUUGCCGUCACCACCACCAGAACUCCUUCGUGAUAGCCCGGAUCCUGACAGGAUGGAUGAGGAACCCAACAACAUGCCUGUUGUGCAAACAAAUGGUUACCAUGAACAGAAAAGCCACGAGCCUCUCCAGAUAACAUGCACAAGUGUAGUCAAAGUACAAAAUGGAGAAGUGUCACAGCAUGGAAAAGGGAGUUCAGGUUCCCGUCAUAGCACAGAUGAUGAUGCAGAGCAGCGGGAUGGGCAUGACAAUGUUUUUGAAGAACAAGUGUCACCAAUGUUCCGUAGCGAUACUGAGGCUUCACCUCCAGCUUCGCCAAUUCUGGUGACAGCAUUGAAAUCAGAACAGACCUUAUCUAAGUCAGGUUCUGGAGCAGCUUAUACCAUCGCAAAAGAGCUUCUGAACACAGAAAGAACUUAUGUAAAGGACUUGGAAGUAAUAACCAUCUCAUUCAGAGAAGUCGUCAGUCCUCCAGGAGUUCUUCCAGAUUCUUCCAAGAACCUGCUAUUUUCAACCAUUGAUCCUAUCUAUGAUUUCCAUUGCACUUUCCUGGCUGAAUUAGAAGAAAGAAUGGCUUUAUGGGAUGAAAGAAUUGCAGAGAAUGCCAAGCCACCAAUAUUUGGAGACCUGAUGCUUAGCAAUAUGAAACAGAUAAAACGAUAUGUUGCACACCUUAAACGACAUGAUCAGGUGAUGCUUAACUUGGAAACUGCUACCAAAAAGAACAAACAGUUUGAUAGCAUCUACAAGGAAUUUGAGACUCAAAAGGUGUGCUAUCUCCCUCUGAAUGCAUUCCUUGUCAAACCAUCUCAGAGACUUCUUCACUACAAAUUUCUGCUUGAAAGACUAUUAAAGUUUUGUCCAAGUACUAACCCAGAUUAUAAAGACUUGCAAGCUGCCUUAGUAGAACUGGGAAAUGCAGUCAGAGAAACAGAUGAAACCAUGAAAAAACUGGAAAAUGUUCAAAAACUGAUAGAGCUACAGAGGGACUUGAUAGGUGUCGAAGGUCUUGUGCAGCAAGGAAGGGACUUUAUCAGGGAAGGUUGUCUGCAGAGAAUAGCCAGGAAAGGACCACAGCCUAGGAUGUUUUUCCUGUUUUCAGAUCUUCUACUGUACACUUGUAAAGGAGUUACUGUGACAAAUCAGUUCAGGGUUCAAGGACAGAUUCCUCUUCACACUGUUAAGGUUGAGGAUGUUGGCCCAGAUCUGCAUGGACUGUACCCAUUUACCAUAACCUACUCUAACAAACACAUGGUGGUCGCUGCUCAGUCGGAAGAAGAAAAAUACAAGUGGUUAGAGGAUCUUAAUUCUGUCGUCAGGCAUGCAAAAGAAAUGGCUACCUGCAGUCAGUGUAUGUAUAACAGAGCACACCACAUGUUCAAAUCACCAGAUGGAAGGAACACUAAGUACUUCUGUGAGGAAUGCUAUAUCCUGGUCGAUGAAGAUGAACCUAUCAUGGAUGUCCUAAGUGGACAGACUGGUACUUAUCUUGAACAUAAUAAAAACCUUUACAAUGGAGAUAACCAAAAUGGCGAUAAUCGAUAUAAAAUACUUCCCCUCCCCACCCCUGUGACAAUACAUCGAAGCAGCUCUGGUGAUGAUGGCUCAGAUGAUGAGGCUACAUCCACAAGUCCUGUGUCGAGUCUGGAUAGACGACAUGCUCACUCCAAUACCAUGUCUACCCGUCGUGUGUGUUGGCACAGGAAUACUAGUAUUAGUAUGAGUGAACACGCUCUCUCUGUACGGAAUCACAUGAGCGGGGAUCUUCUUCGCAAGUUCAAGACCGGGAAUCGUUGGCAGAAAUUAUGGGUUGUUUUUACCAAUUUCUGUCUGUUUUUCUACAAGACACACCAGGACGAUUUUCCUCUAGCGAGUCUGCCUCUCAUUGGGUAUUUAGUCGACCUUCCUGCACCAGCCGACCAGAUAGACAAGGGCUUGGUCUUCAAACUUCAAUAUAAGAGUCACGUGUACUUCUUCAGAGCGGACAACGAAUACUCAUUCCACAGAUGGAUGGAAGUGAUCUCCAGCGCGACUCAGAGCUCGACAAGAUCGCGAAUCUUCAGCCGCAUGGAGAGCAAUGAUCCUUAAUUCGAUGGAAUUAUUGUACAUUGAGCAGCGAGAGCCGCUCCAUAAAUUUUAUAAUCGCCUUGAAUAUUGCAAAGUACUCCAAAAUGUAUAGAAUUUUCUAAGUUUUCUGGUGGAAUGCCUAGCGAAUCUAGAGUAGUUAUGCGAAGAAAUAACGUAUUUUUCCCUUUCAAUAUAAUAGGGAUCACAAUUUGAUUACUCGGGCCCCUUGUUUAGAUAGCCCGAAUGCAUUGAAAUGUUUUAGUGCUGUUUAUGCAAGGGAGCCCGAGUGAACGUCAUUGACGUAAGACCGAUCUUGUUCAGGAAGCGCUUUGCGCGCACCGUUUAAUUAAUUUCCCAUAAUUGCAAUAAUCAAUAAUGUAUUUGUAAAAAAAGUAUAGAAUAUAAGGGCUUCGUUUAGUCAAUAACGUGGAAAAAAGAUUUCGGAAUUAUGUAGAAGAAAACCAAUCAAAUGAUGCUAUUUCAUUUUAAAAAGAAUUUAUGUCUUUAUAUGACACAGUACGUAAUGGGGUAAUAUUACGCUAAUAAGGCUCAGCUUGCACCGCGAUACAAAUUCUGUUACUAGAACAGCUAAACAUUAUCUUUCCCAGAUCUCGCCUUGGUCUCCGCCAAGAAGCGCGGAAGGGCCUGGUUGAACCCGAGAACCCAAACCAUGAACAAGGUUUCCGGUUCCGAUUUCAUUGAUUUGGCGCCUAUUGGUUACUGUAUUAGCCAAUCAGGAAAAAGUGUCAGCUGUUUUCGCCCAAAGGCCUUUUUUUCUUGGUAGAGACAAAAAUAGGCCUUUUCCGAAUUGAAUUAACUACUUCAUUGUGGUCUAACUUGGAUACAAACUUAAGUAUGAUGAAUGAAAGUUGCCUUGUACUCAAGCUAGACCUCAAUGCAACAUGAUCGCUAUCGCAGGAAAGGUCUAUGAAUGCGGGCUCUGUGAGAAUGAGAUUAAUUUACCAGGGUCAGUACAUGCAGUACAUGUUUAUGCCGUAUUAAAACCAGAAUCUCCAGAGAGAUUUCUUCGGCCAGAUGUUGAGUAAAACCUUUUAAAUGAUUCUGUGAACAAUCGUGACUUUUUCGAGUUAUCGUUAGGAAGUCGUAACAUGGUCGGAUAAUGCUCGUCACUCUAUCGUGAAAUUUCAAUUCAAACAGUGGCAUUCGAUGUAGUUAUUUUACUGAAUAUACUGGCAUUCUACCCUGAAAUUCAGGCAUUUUUAACAAAUUAAAGUUUAACUGGAAUGACCUCAUUUAACUGGGAAUUUAUUUAGUUUCAACUCAGUUGAGUCAGUAAGUCAGUACCGAAGGAAGGAAGGAAGGAAGCUUCUUUAUUUUGCCACGGUAAAAACAUCAGUCGAUUGCCUAAAAAUAUUUAAAAGUAAAGAUUUAC